GACCAGGAUUUCCUUUUCAAAGCACAGGAGACUUUGGAUCAGCAGGAGGAGGAACAGCGACCAAAGAUCAGGCGUAUCAAGAAAAAAAAGAUACCCUUCCAUAUAUGGUUGGCGAAACAGGCCCCUCCUGAAAGUACUGGACCACAAGAUGCUUUACCAGUUUCUGAAAAAGCAUCAAUCUCCAAACUGCAGGAGACAAUCAAUCUGGCAGAGAAGCAGGAGUCCUUUCAGUCUUGCGUUGAAAUUGUCAAUAAGCAAGACACUUCUCUGCCGGAAGAAGUUGAUCAGGAAGAUUUCUUGAAAAAUAAGUCUUUUGCAGAAGAACCUGUGCUUUCCACAGCACAAAUGGUCAGCAAAAAUAAAUCCAUCUCACAAUCAGAGACGAAAGUGGACCAAAAAGUGAAGAAACAGACGGCAAAGACAAAGCGCAACAGGAGGACUCCGCUACUAUGGAAAUGUUUCCCAGAGUCUAACGCUUGCGUGGAUCUAACGUUUUUGACAGAAAAUAGCGACGUCAAUAACAGUCCAAGUUAUCAGACAGCUUUGCCCUGCAGCGACAAAAAGACGUUUUGGAAAGUGUUACCCGACUCAGAACCUUGCAUUGAGCUAAAUUUCCUUGCUGAACAUAUUGAAGACCAAGAUGUUUCAGUUCUGGCAAAACACGGUAAACAGGCGUCGCACCAGUUGCGUUUUCUCCGGGAGUGGGCGGUGUUUGGCAGAGCUCUGCGGCGCUCGGCCUGGGAGCUCCUGGGAAUGGCGUCGGCUCUGCUGCUGCUGCUCCUGGCUUACUCCCACGCAGGACACCUGGUCAGAUAGCAAGCUGAAAGCUUCUCCAUAAGUUUCGUCACAAAGUCCGUUUCGAAGGGAUGGAGGUCCCGCCGUCCCGCUCAUCCUCCACCAGCGACUGCAAGUCCCUGUGUCUGCCCCCGCUGGACAGCCCGGACGCCCCGCCCACGCCGGACAGCAUCGAUGCUGGCUCAGAGGCCUCGUGGCGUCCAGCCUCCUCCAGCCCCUGCAGCCUGAUGGAGGCGCCAAGGGUCAGUCUCGGCCUGGGUCUGGGUUUGGGCCUGGGUCUCAGCCCGGGAGUGCUGGUAGGGGGCACGAGCUGGAGGGAGAGGGCGCAGACUGAAUCCUCUCUGAGGAGGCUGCUCCCAACCCUGGACGCUCUCCUGCAGCAGCUCGACCGAGUCAACAUGGCGACAGAUGAUGUUUACCACAUCGAGUGCAGGCUGGAGCGGACUCAGCGGAAAAGGAGGCGCAGCAGGAGAGAAAGAGGAGAGGACACUCAUGACAGGAAAAGCGAGAGUAAGCGAGGAGGGAAGGGAGACGACAAGGACGUGAAAGAACGAAGGACGGGAAAAGAGAAGCACACCAGGGGCAGAAAGGAGAAAAAGACUGAACUUCCUAGAGAGCCUGCUACCAAAAAGACUCCGGUCGCCACGCCGAUUCCCUUUUCAAAGCCCAGACCUACAUUGGCCUCCGCACAGCCCCACAUCUCGCAGUCAUCGGCCACAGAUAAACCCACCACGAGCACUUCCACUCUCCACAACCCACCCUCCAAAACAGUUUUAGUGGGACCUUACAACUUACUGACCAACCCCCCCUCCGCACCAACCAUUUUUGACCAGUGGUAACCUGGUUUGUAUUCACACUAGCUUAACUUAAUUUAAGACUAACACUUCAAAUGCCAUAUUUACUAAGAUAAUUUCACAGUAUAUUACAUAUCUGAGAACUAACACCUCACCUGGAGCCCUGAAGCUUCAGCCACCUCUCCAUCAUUCUGCUCUGCCCCUUGCUCUGCUGUCUGAGCAUCCUAUGUGAAAAAAUAUUACAUAAUUAACAGAUCUAUUCUACCUCACAUUCAGUGCUGACCUUACU